GAAAAUUACACAAAUGAGUGGAUGUGUGGAUCAUAUGUUAACACCCAAAUGCUUAAUUUUUGCUGAUUAAUAUUAUGCUCUUUCCACAUGAACAACACAACAUCACGCCUCUAUUUAUCUUCCCCCCUCAUUAUUUUCCUUGACACCUUUUAUUUUUCUCUCAGGCAUUAAAUCAAACACCAUGACUGCAUUAGCUGCUGCUUCAUCUUCCCCAUGGAUUCUCAGAAUUUCUCCCUCCAAAUCUUCAAGAUUCCAAUCCUGCCCUUCCCCUCGUGUGAUCUGCCGUGCAGGAUCUCAAUUCGAAUCGCAACCCGAAUCGAAUGACCUGAAUUUUAUUCUCCAUGAUGCAUUAGAUUCAUCAGGGAUUAACACCACAAGUGCUAGAGAUGCAAGAAAAGGAUUCAUGGCACAAAUUCAGAAAUUAACUGCUAUAGAGAGGGAGACAAGUAUUUGUAUUAAUAGACGUGUGGAUUUGGCUAAAACUGCACUUUGUAUUGGAGCUGAAGAUGAUUCAUUGAUUUCACAUUCUUCAGUUCCACUGCCUGUUGAUGCUUUUGUUGACAGAUUGUAUGAUCUUUCAAUGUCUUUUUGUUCCGACUCUGGCACUUCACUCAGUGCUUCUCCUGAGAAGUUUCUUGAUUCUUUGGAGAAGUUUUUGUUCAUCAAGAAGGGUUUUAGAAGAAACAGUGGAAAGUUUCAGUUAGACCAGCAGGCUUUAUAUCUUCAUUCUGUUCUGACUCAUAGAACGGGUUCAGCUGCUAUGCUUUCGAUUAUAUACUGUGAAAUCUUGAAGCUGCUCAGAAUGUGGUCUCUAAUAGAAUUCGACUGUGAACUUUUCUUUCCUCGUGAUCAUCUUGGUCUACCUAAAGGAUACCAUAAGCUGAAAAGUGCAGAGUCUGAUCACCCUCAUAUAAUGACUACGCAAACUUUGUUGGAGGAGAUUUUGGGUACUCUGAAGGAGACUUUCUGGCCAUUUCAGCACAAUCACUCUAAGAGUCCAUUUUUAAGGGCAGCAGAUGCUGCCAAUUGUAUUGACAGAUCAAUCACUGCUGAACAAAGUGGGUUUCAGCUGGCUUCUGCAAAGGCGGCCCAGCACAGGCUAGAUCGCGGUGUUUGGACCAGUGUACGCUUCGGUGAUAUGAGACGUGCUUUAUCUGCAUGUGAACGACUAAUAGCCAUAGAAUCUGAUCCAAAAGAAUUAAGAGAUUACAGUGUUCUUCUCUACCAUUGUGGAUUUUAUGAACAAUCUCUGCAAUAUCUCAAGUUAUAUAAAGAAAAAAAGAGUUCUUCAUUACAAAAGCUACCAUCUAAUGAGUCUAGCAUUCUCGAGGAGGAUGCUGUGGACAAAUUGAUGAUACGCCUUACCUUGAUAUCAAUGGAGGAAGGUUGGAGCAAGCCUUCACAAGUUAGAAAUUUUCUCGGAAAUAUUUCUGACCCGUGGUAGACUUAUACUGUUUCAGACAUAACAAAAAAAGCCUUAUGCUCUGUUGUCUCUAAGCGCAGUUUAAAACUCAAUCAUGUGAAGUAGAAAAAAGUAAUCUCCGAAAAGGUUGAAAUUAUAGAGAUUACCGGCAAUAGCAUGACCGGUUUCAAUGGAUGUUUGCAUACUGAAUUUUCUUGGGAGUGGAUUUGGAUCGCACGGAUGGAAGUAUGUUUUUGAUUCUUAACAGCCUCCUUUUGUCUUCUCUUUUGCAGAAGCUCAAGAUGCUAAGCUGGUAAUGUUUAGCAUUAUUUGUAAAUAGUUUGUAUGUGUAAGGUAUAACAGUACCUUCUUAUAUGACACUGUAAUGAAGAAAAAAUGUAAUAACAAUAAGUUAAAUUAAUCCAGUUUAUUUAAUAUAUUUAAUA